GCGAGUUCGCGCUGCGCUAGGCUCACAGAUGCGAGUGCGCUGCGAUAGAAGAAAAAACAGGGUCGAAACGACAACCGAAGGGAGGACUGUGUAGUGUAAUCAUGUGUCAAGAAUCACGUGCUGCUGCUGCUGCUGCUACUGCUGCUGGCCUGCUGCUGCGCGGCGAGCGCCGUCGCCGAGGCGGGCCUCGGCGGAGAGCGCGAUUAUGCGGCCUUUUCCGCGACCCGCACAAAGAAGAGGCGCCCUCCGUCAGCCUCGACCUGCCACCGGCUCGCGUCGACCGACCCGGCCGCGUGCCACACCUCCACAGCCCAGUGCGCCAGCCCGCAGAAGUUGCCCUCCUCGAUGCCCCAUCCCGUGGGCCACGCGGCCAAAGCGGUGCCGAGAGGCGGCGGCGGCGCCGCGGUCGCCUCGAGACGCGCCGCGACGGCGUCAAAGGCGAUCCGCCUCGCGCCCGUCGCGGCCGCCUCGGCCAGCAGCGCCUCCCCGGCCAGCCGCGGGAGGUCGCCCUCCGUCUCGAACCAGCACGACGAGCGGCCGUCGGCGCACGCCUCGUCCCACGCCUUGAGCUGGCGGACAAAGGCCGCCAAGCUCUUGAGGCCGGGCGAGGGCGCGGCGGGCGACGGGGCAAGGGAGCAGCCGGGCGAGGAGAGGUAGGAGGUGCUCGCCGGCGAGCGCUCCCGCGCCUGCGAAGGGGCAAGGCCUGAGGGCGGGCGGGCGGUCGGGCGGGCGGGCGCGGGUGGGGGGGAUAAACGCUGCGCCGCCAAAGGAACCAGCGACACUGGCCGCGGCUCGUCGCCACGCGCCGGCUCGGAAGAGGGGCUGUCGGCGGCGAAGCAGAGUGGCACGCCUCGCCGCUCGAGCCGCCGACAGCCCCCCUCCUCGACGUGACGGCCGCUCCCGGAGCCGGCCGGUGCGCGCCUGACCCACGCCCCCUCUCGCACCCCUCCGACCCCCCCUGCGCGGCGCACCCGUCCGCUGUGCGCCGGCUCGAGCGCCAGAAUGUGGCCGCAGGAAGAGCCUCCGGCGGGCCUCCGGCGGACGCCUGGCGGCGUGGCGCUGCGCGCCGGCCUGCGGCCCAAAGCCCGAACGAGCGGUCAAGUUAACUUGACGCGCCGAAUCCCUUG